GCUUGCCUAGUCAGCAAAUCCACACGAAAGAAAGUCGUUCUUCCACAGGGGAGUUCCGCCCCCUUUCAAGUUUGUUUGGAGCCACAGCGCUCAUCAGAAGCCAUUUGAAGAACGAAGGCCUCUUGUAGCUUCCGUGCUGAAGACGGAAGACAAUCCCUUCGUUGCUCCCAUUAGCUCUUUUUCCUGAAGCAAGAAGAUCCAUUUUGUGCUGCUGCAUGGAAAACUGUGGUGUCUUUUUUGGUAUUUUGUGUUGUACAAGUCUCUCGACUCCCUCAAGGUCCUUGUGAAGAUGGAGAACUUUCUGUCGCAACUUCCGAGACUGAAACUGCAGAACGAUGCAGAGGAAGUUUCGAAGGGGCCCAGCUCCACCAAAGAUCCUGAAAGGGAAUUAAAACAGGGGCAUCUGCAGGGUGCUUUUGAUCAUGAAGAUGCUCACAUGUGGCCUGAAACCCCACCAGCUGAGGCGCGCUGCGAUUCCCUCAUUCCAGCAGGAGCAAAUGAAGCUGUGCUUGAAAAGUUGCAAGACAAAGUUCUCAAGGAGGUUGGCGGCGCUUUCAGCUGUGUUCUUGGAGUUCUGGGUGACCGGCUUGGGCUUUACAAAGCAAUGGAUGGAGCUGGAAAAGUUACCCCGGCUGAAUUAGCAGUUCGUACUGGAUGUUCAGAAAGGCUCAUGAGGGAAUGGUUAAAUGCAAACGCAGCGGCAGGCUGGGUCGCUUACCAUGCACCUUCUGAAACAUUUGAGCUGACUGCAGAGCAGGCCAUGGUGCUAGCCAGGGACGAGAACCCCUCCAACCUGAUGGGUCUGAUGGAGGUGGCAGCUUCGCUUAGUGGGACCCACUUGGAGACACUGGCAAGCACAUUCAAAAGUGGCCGCGGCCUCAGCUACGGAGAGCAGCCUGUGGGGAUGGCCCGGGGAAUAGCUCGAGCAACGGCAACGGAGUGGGAAGCGCUCCUCGUGCAAGUUUGGUUGCCCGCGCUGGGAGAUAUUCUAGAGGAGGAGCUGGAGCGCGGCGGCAAGGUGGCCGACGUCGGAUGCGGCUUUGGUGCCACGACCUUGAUGAUGGCGCGGAGCUACCCCAACUCCACCUUCGUGGGCUUCGACCGGCACGAGCUGUCCGUGUUACAGGCCAGAGCGAUUGCGAAGGACAACGGGAUCGAGGGCAACGUGAGCUUCCAGGUAUCCACGGCCAAGAACUUUCCGGGAGACGGCUUCACCCUGAUCACCAUGCUCGACUCGCUGCACGACUUUGGAGAUCCGCUGGGGGCGGCCAAGCACGUGUACGAGGCUCUUGCAGACGGGGGUAUCUGGCUCAUCGUGGAGCACCUGACGGACGGCAAGCUCAGCGGCAACCUCACCAACCCGCUCGCCAGGGUCCUCUACAGUUUCUCGACUUUGGUGUGCGUGCCAAAUGCACUGAGCCAGGAGGGUGGCUGCUCGUGGGGAGCCUGUGCCGGUGAGGCAAAGAUCAGGGGCGUCGUGGAGGCGGCAGGGCCUUUUAGGGAGUUCCGUAGAAUCGCUGAGUCACCUCGUCACAUGGUGUUUGCGGCCCGGAAGUAGACACACCUUUGUAAGCUCCUGUGACAUAUGUACCAUUUGCCAGCGGUGUCGUUAGGAUUCAGGCCGUUCACUUCGGACAUCGAGGGUAUUGAUUAUAUUGCUCAUGUAUGUUGGUCACAGCCAAGGUUUAGGAAGAUGACCAUAGAAAUAAGGAGUCUCACUCAAUUCUCAGGAGUGUAGAACAGGCACUUACCAGUACACUAAGCGAGCAUAGCAGUAGUCUAGGCAGCUUGCACCAGGUAGAAAAUAUAUUUGUCGAGGGAUCAACGGGCAAUAAUCAGAGAGCAAAGGUCAGGGAAGGGUUGGCAGAAUGUUCACUGAAGAUUCACAUCCAGGUAGGUGUUCGCCAGUUGGUGCUCGCAGCAGCUAGCUUUCAAGGAAUGUGGAUUGGGCGAUAGCGUAGGCAAUAAGUCAUGGAAGAGCUUUUGAGGAACUUUCAACGAACUUCGGAACAGUGGUCCAUAUAUGAGGAUGUGCGAGGUUUUGAUAUGAUUGUGCUUUGGCCCAUGUUAACGGUGCUCGCUGAUGCAGG